GGAGGGACGCGCGCAGGCGCACGGGGCGGCCCCCGCACGCAGGCGCACUGCGAACGCCGGCUGAGCCGAGUCUCGCUGCUCGGUGCGCGGCGGCGGAGAGCGAGGCCUGCUGAGCAGCGCCGAGGCGCGGGCCGGCUCUUCGAGGCCGUGCGCGGGAGAGGAACGGCGGGCGGGCGAGCGGGCGAGCGAGCGGCUCACUUCAGCUGUGGCGCCGGGGCCGGUGGCCUGGAGCCUGGAAUCAUGACCACCCCAGGAAAAGAAAAUUUUCGCCUGAAAAGUUACAAGAACAAAUCUCUGAAUCCUGAUGAGAUGCGCAGGAGGAGAGAGGAAGAAGGACUGCAGUUACGCAAACAGAAAAGAGAGGAGCAGUUAUUCAAGCGAAGAAAUGUUGCUACAGCAGAAGAAGAAACAGAAGAAGAAGUUAUGUCAGAUGGCGGCUUUCAUGAAGCCCAAAUGAAUAACAUGGAGAUGGCACCAGGUGGUGUCAUCACUUCUGACAUGAUUGAAAUGAUAUUUUCUAAUAGCCCGGAACAACAGCUUUCAGCAACACAGAAAUUCAGGAAACUGCUUUCAAAAGAACCUAACCCUCCUAUUGAUGAAGUUAUCAGCACACCAGGAGUAGUGGCCAGGUUCGUGGAGUUCCUCAAACGAAAGGAGAAUUGUACACUACAGUUUGAAUCAGCUUGGGUACUGACAAAUAUUGCUUCAGGAAAUUCUCUUCAGACCCGGAUUGUGAUUCAGGCAGGGGCUGUGCCCAUCUUCAUAGAGUUACUCAGCUCAGAGUUUGAAGAUGUCCAGGAACAGGCAGUUUGGGCUCUUGGCAACAUUGCUGGAGAUAGUACCAUGUGCCGGGACUAUGUCUUAGACUGCAAUAUCCUUCCCCCUCUUUUGCAGUUAUUUUCAAAGCAAAACCGCCUGACCAUGACCCGGAAUGCAGUAUGGGCUUUGUCUAAUCUCUGUAGAGGGAAAAGUCCACCUCCAGAAUUUGCAAAGGUUUCACCUUGUCUGAAUGUACUUUCUUGGUUGCUGUUUGUCAGUGACACUGAUGUACUGGCUGAUGCCUGCUGGGCUCUCUCAUAUCUAUCAGAUGGACCCAAUGAUAAAAUUCAAGCAGUCAUUGAUGCAGGAGUAUGUAGGAGACUUGUGGAGCUGCUGAUGCAUAAUGAUUAUAAAGUGGUUUCUCCUGCUUUGCGGGCUGUUGGAAACAUUGUUACAGGGGAUGAUAUCCAGACACAGGUAAUUUUGAAUUGCUCAGCUCUGCAGAGUUUAUUGCAUUUGCUGAGUAGCCCAAAGGAAUCCAUCAAAAAGGAAGCAUGCUGGACAAUAUCUAAUAUUACAGCUGGAAAUAGGGCUCAGAUCCAGACAGUGAUAGAUGCCAACAUUUUUCCAGCCCUCAUUAGUAUAUUACAAACUGCUGAGUUCCGGACAAGGAAAGAAGCAGCUUGGGCAAUCACAAAUGCAACUUCUGGAGGAUCAGCUGAACAGAUCAAGUAAGUACUAGUCUGGUAGUAUC